AUGUGUGAGGAGAUUAUACAAACAUCUAAGAGCUACAAACUCUGGCAGCACGAGUACAGUAUACUUCAGACCCACGCAGACGACAUCGCCAGAAAAGUGUCGUUCCCAGCCAUUCUUGUUGAUCUCGGCAGCGCUGCUUCCUCCAAAACCCGUCUGAUCAUAGAGGCUAUGUUGAAGCGACAGGGAAACUUUACGUUUGUGCCGGUGGAUACAGCAAAGGAAUUCAUUGAGACCUGUGGUCGGCAGCUGGAGAGAGACUACCCCGGCCUUACUGUGGAGCCCUUUUGUGGGUUAUACAUGGACGGUGUGCGACACUCUGUCGCUAGAAAUGGUACCAAAUUACUGCUGUUUCUGGGCAGCAGCCUCGGCGGCGUCUCCAUCCAUGAGCAGCUGAAGAUGCUUCAGGAGAUCCGCGCACAGCUAAAGGAUCAGGACAGGUUCGUGCUUGGGAUAGACCUGAACACAGACCGAGAGGCUUUGUCUCAGGACUUUGGCGGAAACAUGAACCCUGACAUGUUUAAAUUCAACUUCCAAUUCGUGGAGAACCCUGAAGAUGGUGACACACCAAGUUACGUUCAGCUAUCCCUCAGCAGCUUCGGCAAACAAAGGGUGCACCUUGAAAAACUUGGCCUCGACAUUGACUUUUGUGAUGGCGAAAGCAUAAAUUUUUACGAGGGGCCGAACACCAGCUGCAAGUGGAACAUGAAGCAGCUGCUCCGCCUAGCGGAGAGGAGCGGCUUUGCGGUAGAUGCCCUCUGGACAAAUGAUGAGGACAGUUAUUGCGUCAUCUGUCUGGCACCUGCGGGCGUCAGUGAAUUCUAA